GAGGGCCGGCGCCUCUUCCGCCUUUCCCUCGCACCGCCGCCUCCGUUUAGGGAAGCGGGUGAAGGGAGGACCGCCGCCGCCUUCCACAUCCUCCCAGCUGGGCGCGCGGGCUCUUGAGGAAUGACCGCCGGGCCCCAUCGAAAUGAGUUGCACAAUUGAAAAGGCGCUUGCGGAUGCAAAAGCACUAGUGGAAAGAUUGAGAGAACACGACAAUGCAGCAGAAGCUUUGAUUGAACAAACUACAGCUCUCAAUAAACGAGUAGAAGCAAUGAAGCAGUACCAGGAAGAAAUUCAAGAACUCAAUGAAAUAGCAAGACAUAGACCCCGUUCUUCUUUGGUAUUAGGUAUCCAGCAGGAAAACAGACAGAUAAGGGAACUUCAACAAGAAAAUAAAGAAUUACGGACUUCUUUAGAAGAGCAUCAGUCUGCUUUGGAACUAAUAAUGAGCAAAUACAGAGAGCAGAUGUUUCGACUGCUCAUGGCCAGUAAAAAAGAUGAUCCAGGUAUAAUUACAAAGUUGAAAGAGCAGCAUUCUAAGGAGUUACAGGUACAUGUGGACCAAAUCACAGAAAUGGCAGCAGUAAUGCGUAAGGCAAUUGAUAUUGAUGAACAGCUGGGUUGUAAAGAGCAAGAACGUAUUUUUCAGCUUGAGCAGGAAAAUAAAGGACUGAGAGAGAUCCUGCAGAUAACCAGAGAAUCAUUCCUGAAUCUUAAAGAAGAUGCACCAGAAAGUACAUCUCUGUCUGUAUUAGUAACAAACAGCGACUUAAGCCUGAGAAAGAGUUGAAGAUCCUGUGGAGACUUUUACAGCCACUUGUCAAAUUAUUGUUUUUGUAUCUGGCAUUGACAAGUUAAUGCAUCCUAAAUAUGAUUCAUUUGAUACUUUUUAUACCAUGUACAGUACAUUCAAAUGAAAUUGAAAUUUGUCCUUAGUGUCCAAUGUUAGGGUACUGCCCUAUUCAGACAUUUGGGCUGUGUAUGUAUUCAUGGGGCACUUUGAAUCCAGUGUUGACCACACACAUUUCUCAUGUAUUAAGGAGUUCAUGCUUCGUUGUGUAAUGAUUUUUUAAAGGUGCCUGGGUGAUGCAAAUUAUCCUUUUCCAUUUUUAUCCUCAAAAACCUGAGGAGUAACUGGUUCCAGGUCACAGUGGGUUUUAUGGUUUAAUAAGGACCUGGCUCACCCUAGUCAUCCACUGUAACCACUAUUCCGUGCUAGUUGUCUUAUACCAGCCUACAGUUUUGCUGACAGUGGUACCUCUAUUGGGGCUAUUUAAUUUACACAGGGCACAUUCACCUGAUUUAUAAGCAUAAAUGCUGAACAAUUUUGAGAAUCUUUCAUUUUGAUCUUUAUUAUUGGUCCUGACUUGUUUAUGUCCAUGAUGAUCUGAUAGUAAAAAUAUAUUUAAAAUAAGAUGUUUCCAAUUUAAACAUGUGGUCUAUUACCAAAAUGCCAUCAGUUUUGGAACUUUUAUUUUGUUUCGAUGUAUGAAAAAAACUAUGAAAAUAUAAUCAGCUGAUGUAUAGCUCAUAAUUCUUUAUUACCGAACAAUUUGAUUUGUGCUCCAGUGAAGAAGGAACUUCUGCUUAUGGCCUGAUUUUCCAAAAGAGAUCAGUUUUUUAUAACAUCUUUUUCCCUUUUGGACAAGAGUGGAAUUUCAUGAAGCUUCCCCUUUUGUAAAUUAUAAAAUAUUUUUGUACAUAGGAGUUUAACAAAAACUUAUUUUCUUUAUAUUUGGAGUGUAAAGUAGUAAACUAUUCCUCUUGCAUUUGAUACAGUUCUGUCAGAAUGCAGAGUCUUCUCCAAAAGUCUUAUUUUGUAAAUGUGAAAAUCUCCCAAGGUUGUAGAGUGAAUGUUAAUUCGCCAGUAAUUCUUUAUGGAGGAAAACCUGAAUAAUGUAGGUGUACGUAAUUGUGACUGUCUAUCAGAAAUCUUUGGUUGUGUAGGUAUUACCCUUGGAUGUCCAAAGCAGCCUAGCUAAUGUUGACUUUGAAUAAUUUUCCUUCUGUGUGGCAUGAUAAAUUUCUUGCACUCAUUUCUGUAAUGCAGAUGCUUGAAAUAACCUUAAGGGUGAGAAUGCAACCUGUAUAGUAAACUUAUUUUUAUCAGUAAAUUGCGUUUCGGAAGUGCUUGAACAA